ACCUCGUCCCACGCAGGGUCACGAGUGAGUGCUGAAAAGGCGCUUUAACAGAGCUGUUGUGUUGCUUAUUCGGAGCUCGCAUGGGGCGCGCAGAGGGAUCGGCGGGGCGCGCGCCGAGCAUCGCUUAAGCCUCGCGAGUCGCGGUCGCUCUCGUUAUGAGGCGCGGAGAGCGGAGGGGUCACGGAGGCGCCUCCGGCAAAGCCGCGUUGGAGGAAGGGCAGCCGCCGCCGCUCCCCGACGGCGCUUCUCUGCUGGUUGAAGAGGAGCCGCGGGGGGAUCCGCCGCCAGUGGCAGCUGCAGCAGCGCCAGACGCCGCUGUCGUCACUCAUGGCGACCGGCGCAGCACUGAGUCCGAGGUGUACGACGACGGGACCAACACCUUCUUCUGGCAAGCUCACACUUUAACAGUCCUGUUUAUCCUUACCUGCACCCUGGGCUAUGUGACCUUGCUUGAAGAAACGCCACAGGACACAACCUAUAACACAAAGAGAGGUAUUGUAGCCAGCAUUUUAGUUUUUUUGUGUUUUGGAGUCACUCAAGCAAAAGAUGGUCCAUUUUCAAGACCCCAUCCAGCUUUCUGGAGGUUUUGGCUAUGCGUCAGUGUUGUCUAUGAGCUUUUCCUCAUUUUCAUACUUUUUCAGACUGUACAUGAUGGAAGACAGUUUAUGAAAUUUAUUGAUCCUAAUUUAGGAGUCCCUUUGCCUGAAAGAGACUAUGGUGGAAAUUGCCUUAUAUAUGACCCAAAUAAUAUAACAGAUGCCUUUCACAACAUUUGGGAUAAACUAGAUGGAUUUGUUCCUGCUCAUUUCCUUGGUUGGUACUUAAAGACACUAAUGAUUCGGGAUUGGUGGAUGUGCAUGAUUAUCAGUGUAAUGUUUGAGUGUCUGGAGUACAGUCUAGAACAUCAGCUUCCAAAUUUCAGUGAAUGCUGGUGGGAUCAUUGGAUUAUGGAUGUAAUCUUAUGCAAUGGACUUGGCAUUUACUGCGGAAUGAAGACUUUGGGCUGGCUUUCUUUGAAAACAUAUAAAUGGCAAGGACUUUGGAAUAUUCCCACAUAUAAAGGUAAAAUGAAGAGAAUUGCCUUUCAAUUCACACCAUACAGUUGGGUUAAAUUUGAGUGGAAGCCAGCAUCCAGCCUUCGCAGAUGGCUAGCAGUGUGUGGCAUUAUUUUUAUUUUUUUAUUGGCAGAGUUGAACACAUUUUACUUGAAAUUUGUCCUGUGGAUGCCUCCAGAACACUAUUUGGUCCUGCUGCGACUUGUCUUUUAUGUGAAUGUGGGAGGAGUAGCUAUGAGAGAGAUCUAUGAUUUCAUGGAUGAUCCGAAAUUCCAUAAGAAGCUGGGUCAGCAAGCUUGGCUGGUUGCUGCUAUCACAGCUACAGAGUUCCUUAUAGUGAUAAAAUAUGAUCCAUACACUUUGACACUGUCACUCCCUUUCUACAUUACUCAGUGUUGGAUCCUUGGAAUCAUGCUCGUGCUUGCCUGGACAGUGUGGCGCUUUUUCAUUCAUGACAUCACCUUACGGUGUAAAGAGAUAAGAAGGCAAAAGCAAGAACACAAAUUUGGAAAGGAAAAGUAUUUAAGCAAUGGUGAUAGACAAUCUAUACUGGUAAACGAAUACCUGAAGAAUAAACUAAGAGAGAAAAAACUUUGAUCCUGAGUCAUCAGUGAAGGGCUAAGAGGGUUAUUUUCUUGAUUUUCAAGUUUAACCCUCCCUCGUUUUGUAAUUUUCAAUGUUUUCUCAUGUGUGAGAAUCCUUUUGGAAAAGAUGCCACUUAAUCUCUUUUGAGGACAGUGUUUACAACUUACUGUAGAAGUAGUGCUUCUUCCACAAGGGAACCUCAAACAAACUGUGGUAAAUGUGGGUGCCACCUGAGAAAGAGGAUUGGGGAGGCUUUAACCAAUUCAAAGGCUGCCUCCCCAUUCUGGAAAACUGUUACCAUUUGGGUCAACAUGAACAUGAUGAUUUAUUUUAUGAAAUAAAUCGGUGCACUGUGAAAAGCAGUUUGAUGUUUUCUGCUGAAACUAGUUUAAGCUAUAGUGAUAAUGUCCGUGUUCUUAUGAUUCAUUUAACAAUACAGAAAAGAGGGAUGCAACUGAAGUAUGAGAACAAACUGCAAAAUUUGCACAGUACAUUACUGCAGCCAGCCUUUGAAAGUCCUGAAUUUAGCUGCCUGGAUCUCAAAGCAAAGGUGCUUUACUUUGAACAACUGGCUACUACAUUACACUCGUAAAUACCUCUUUGUUGACUGUCUCUUUAGGAAAGGCAUCUCUUUAGGAAGGAUGCUGAUUAGCCAAAUAAUGAAAAUGAAGACAAAAAACGGUAGAAAUGUGUCCUAUUCUUAGUCAUAUGAGUCAAAGAGAACCUUAGUUUUAUUCUUCUGCAAAUAAGAUACUUACUGUUCUUGCCAGGACUGUGUUUGGGUGUUGCUCUGUUGAAUAAACCAAAAUAUAUGAUAUGGAUGUUCAGAAUCAUUUUUUUUUUAACUUCUAGAAUAGGGAUGGGCCCAAGUGUCCUUUCAGAUAUUAUCAAACAGUUCUCAUCAGCCCAGCUAGCAUGGCUACCUAGGCUGGAUGAUGGGAUUUGCCCAUCUCUGUUGUAGAAAUUAGGGCAGGAAGAUUUAUGGGCAAGUGGUAUGGACAUAAUCAGCCACUAAAUACUGAUAGAAAUAUAUUAUCAUCUCUCAAGCCUCUUCUAGACCAAGGGCAGCAGCUGCCUUGCUUGUCACAUCCUCUCAAAAUAAUGUUUGUUUUAUGAACAUCUUGAAUUGUUUUUGUAUUUUUAAAACAGCUAGAUCAAUUUAACUUACACAGGUAACACUGAUUUUUAUCUUAACACUGUAAUUGGAUCUCAAAUAAUUAGACUAGGGGGAAUUUAGUUUGAAAUGUUUUAUUGUUUGGACAUGCAUAUAAGCUAAAAUGGUGUAUUUCUACUUGCCUCUUCUCCCUGUACGAUCUCAAAGUGCCGCUACUUAAAGCACAGUGCACAGAUCUUGGCUCCCUUUUAUGAUAAUACUUGAACUGCAAAAUAAGUCUGCCCUUGCCUUGUUUCCAGGAUAUCACUAAUAUUCUCCUCUUAAACAAUGGACACUUUCAGGAAAAGAAAAAAAAAUCCAUAUAAAUGAAUGUUGAAAAGCUCACCAGAAGCCACAGGUUGAAAUUCUUCAUUGAGUACCUAGUACAUUUCACUUUAAGAUUUACAUAAGUCCUUAUCUGUUUUGUACUAGUAGAUUCUGCCCCCUUUGUAAUUUUGUAUUGUAAAGUCUUUCACGUAAUUCUGGUGGUAACAAGUGCAAUGGGGAAAAACUUGAAAAUAAUUUUGUUUGAUUUGUUUUUUUGUUGAGGAAGUAAUUGUGUAAAAACUGAAGUAUGUGAAAAAUACUACUUUAGUUUUCAAAAUUGAAGCUGACUUACUCUCAAACCAUUACUUUCAUACUGAUCUUUAUGUUCUUGCAAAUAGUCUGAAAAUUAUAAUAUGGCAAACUGAACAAAUGUAAUAAAAGAGUAUUUGCUGGUA